UUAAAAAAAUUUGUCUGAGGCGGGGCAGCUUGAGACUGGGGCGCCAGCGCUCAGGACUGAGUAAAAUAUCAGUCCCGCCUGAGUCUCAGGUGGUCCCGCCCCAAUUCUUACUAAAAAAUACAAUAUUUGUGUCAAUAGUUUUUAAUUUGUAAUAUUAGUAGUAAAUUAAAAAAAAAACAAUAUUUGUGUCAUUAAUCGCGGCCAAGAAAGUGGGAGAAAGUAGGAAGGAAACCCUAGCAAGGCAGCAGCUACCGCUUUAUCUUCUAUUCUUCUCCAGUUCUCCUCCCCGAAUUUUCAAAUACAGAGCGACCCUACAAUCCUUCCUAGGUCUGUUCUACAACUAUCCCUUUCCCCUAUAAGAACUAAACAAACCACUCCUUACCUACGCCAGAAAUGGAGAUCUGCACCUCUCAAACAGCCCUCUCUUCUCUCCCUAAGCUCCCCACUUCCACUGUAAACGCCGCUGGACUCCUGUCCUCCUCUUCUGCAGCCGCUCUUCCCUGCCUCCAUUACUCUCGCUCCCUCAGCGCUUCCAGAUCUCUGCGGUUUACAGCGAGAGCGUCGGAGGAUUCGUCGACCGGGGCGAACACGCCUUAUGUCGUUGGGGGAACUGGCGAUUUUGGCGGGAGUAGUAGCGCGACGAAGGUAGCUGAAGAAAAAGCUCCGGCCGCCGUUAAACCUGAAGUUAUUUAUAAUGAAAACGGGGCGCCGGAGAAUGAAGGACCCGCUUUCACCGAGAGCUUAAAUGAGUUUCUCUCUGAUCUCAAUCUCAAGUUCGACUCAGAGGACACUGUUUCCCUUGUUAUAUAUGGAAGUGGAGCCCUGCUCGCUUUGUGGUUGACAUCAGCUGUUGUCAGCGCUGUUGAUUCCAUUCCAUUGUUUCCCAAGCUGAUGGAAGUUGUGGGACUUGGCUACACCUUCUGGUUCACAACCCGGUAUUUGCUCUUCAAGAAAAAUAGGGAGGAGUUGGCUACCAAAGUUGAAGAGCUGAAGCAACAGGUACUCGGCACUAAAGAUUGAACAAACCGCCUUCAGAAUCGAGUUUUGGCUUAUAGGUUCACAUAAAUAGCUUAGCUAUCUGUAGGGAUAUAUAUAUAUAUGUUUGUGAGGGUUUAAUAUUCAUGUUAAUAGUCAAAAUAGAAAUUUGUUAAUAAAAAAAAAAAGAAUUUGUUACUCUAUCAUGUUCAAACGGUGUGGUUACCAUGAUAACCGUUUUAACCAGUACUAUUUGGAUAAUUUGGUUUGGUUAAUUUGGAUAAUUGGUUUGGUUUGGUUAAAGUUUUUAGCUUGAUUGGUUUAGGUGGUUUGGUUUGGUUUCAGACAUUACUAACCAGCCAAAUCAAAUUAACCAGAUAAAUAAUUAGUCAUUUAUCUAAUAUAUACACAUACUUAUACUUUGAAUAACCACUCAAGAGUUAAACGUUCAUUCCUUUUAGACAUAAAAUAUAAAGCUUGAUAUUGUUCCAUAAUGUAUAUUUGUAUAUGUAUAGUGUAGACCACAACAUAUGAACGCCUAAUUUAGAUAAAUCUCAUACAUGAUGUUGGAUGAAAACUUGAAAGCAAGGUCAUUUUCAGCCUAUGAAAAUUGCUAAAAGACUAAGUCAAUUCAAACAAACACAAAAAUUCAUUAACCCAUACCAUUGUGAUACAAUUUUGUUUGGUGAAUACUUCUAUACUAACCGUAAGAUAAUUGUCUUAGUUGCAUGCAUUUAUGUUAAGGUCAACUAUAACUAUGUGAUGAUUGUUAUGUUUUAUUCAUUAUAUAAAUUGUGAUUUGAUAAAUUAACCGAAAUUUUCUCACUUAAUGAUAAUGUGAUUUUAUAUUGGUUAAUCUGGUUAACCAAUUAACCAAACCGAUUAAACUUUAAUUUGGUUGUUGUAUUAGUUUGGACGGUUUGGUUAUGAUAUUGUAUUUCAUGGUUAAUGAAAUUUAGCCUUAUUUGAUUUGGUUAUAACCAUUGUAACCAUUUGAACACCCCUAAUCAUAGCAAUUAUAGCUAGUUUUGUUUACCCUCAUUUUUAGGGGUGGGCAACGGGAAACGGGUAUUUGGGUAUACCCGUACCCGUCCCGUUUUUUAAGGGUUACGGGUACCCAUAUUACCCGUAUUAUUAUAAACGGAUGGGACUUGGGAUUGUACAUUCCUAAUAUGGGUACCCGCGGGUUACCCGCAAAUACCCGUUUGGGUAAUGUGGGUACCCGUUAUACCCAUUUACCAGAAAUAGCCCACAGCCCAACACCCCAACCCAAUUCUCUAAUUCAGAAAUGUGGCAUUGGGCCUUGGCCAUUUCAGCAGCAUCACCAUUCACCGGACGUUGUUAUCUAUUUAGGUAUGCAGCUGCCAUUCUCUUUUUCUUUUCUACUUACAGUACAUAUUUUGGACUCUAAUUGCUAGUUAGGUUUGUUCUGCUAAUUACUAAUUAUGUUUCUAAUUUCCAGCAUCUGUCUAUUUGGUUUAUGUUGAUUUGGUUUAUAGUUUCCAUGGCUAAUCAAGGGAAUGAAGCCAGUUAAGGGAAUGAAACUUUGGGUAUUUAUGGGUAUUAUGGGUACCCGUUAUCCGUCCCGUACGGGUAAUGGGUACCCGUUUCCCAUAUGGGUUUGGGACAUGGGAAGGACUUUGGCCUCCAAAUGGGACUGGGUACCCGUUUAAAACGGGACGGGUAUCCCGUCCCGUCCCGUUUCCCACCCCUACUCAUUUUUUACUUCGUUUGGCAAUUGCAAUGUAGUUAAAAUCGCGCUUCAAUGUUUGUAAAAGGCUCGAAUGGACUGUUGCUCCUUCCUCAUCAAAUCUUUUGACAUUCUGCCCCAUGGUGGGCGUCAAUUGUUUGUGUAAGGCUAUUGAGUAGGAGACGUACAUGAAUAAGAAGGGGGCUCAAAUGCUUAAUGCAAUGAAGAAGGGGUACAAUGAUGAAGGUGUACAUGGACGAGGAGAUGAGAGAAUUGGAGGAGAGUGGAGACAUAUGGAAUGUCUAGAGAUAGAAUGCAAAAUCCUAUCCUUCAAGUGGAGUAGAUGCUGUAUUUAUAGUCUCCACUAGUUAGGUGAGCAUUCAAUGCGAUAAGACGAGAGCGUCGAACAAUACGUGGGCCCCUCAGGCCGAUCCUUUCGCGGUGGGUCAUGAGCGGCUGCUUGUGGCGCGGUAAGUAACCGCGCUUAAUUCAAUGCGAUGAGACGAGAGCGACAGUACGCGGGCCCCUCAGUCCUAUCCUUCGCGGUGGGUCAUGAGCGGCUGCUUGUGGCGCGGUAAGUAAUCGUGCAAGUGGGUGAUUAAGCGCGGUGAUAAAGCAGUUUACGUGUAUGCGGCGGUCUUUCCCCCAACACAACCCUACUUGAAAAUAAUCAAUGCAGUACUUAAUGAUUUUUUAGCGGUAAACACCUAGUGAGGUUUCAUUGACAAAUUGAUGGUGAACUACAUAGAAUUUAAAUUGUCUAUGAAUCAGAGAGAUUGGACUGAUGACAGGAUACCCCCUACGUUGGCCAUUUCAGUUUGCGGCCACGGAAGGCACGCUUUCCCUUCUUCCUUACCGCCAGACGCAAUAUUAUUGUUUGAGAUGGUGGCGGUGCGAUUGAGUUGACGGAGAACGGGGAGAGGAAGACGCCAUGGAGAUUUCGUUCACUUCAUUGUGAAUGCAUUUGCUAUGGCGGCACUGGUCCUACUUUUCCUGCGCCGACGACGGUAGCAGCAGUACGACAAUUGGAAUGACACAAGGUGGCAGAAGAGGACGUCUAGGUCAGAUUAGAAAAUUUAUUUUAGUUUUAUUUUUCAAUAGUUGUGAACAUGAGAUGAAAAUUUUAUUCAUUUAUUUUUUAAAUGCUAGUUGCUACGCCACUUAUUUAACGAACUACAUUAGAUAAAUUUAACGGAGACUAUCUAAACUUGAACUAUUGAACUAAUUUUAGUGACCAUUAAUGAAAUAAAAUAUUUUUAAUAACCAAAAUCGAAACGAUUAGUAAACUCAGUGACCAAACUUGCAAUUUACCCAUUAGCAAACAUAUGAAGCAUAAAAAACUAUAUAGCCAACAUCCGAACUUAAAAAAAAAAAAAAACAGAAGGUGCAAUUUGUCACAACAAAAUUUUGUCACUAGCAUUAAACUUGAAACCUAUAUAAAGAAUGCAACAUGCAACCAGAGGACCCCAUGGCAAAAAUAACAAAGUUCUGAUUCCAACGAAUGAAAAAACCCAAACAAGUUCUACAUAGGAAUGUCUAACAAAACCCGUAACUCAUGGUACCCUACUCGACACAACCCAGUUAACGCGGGUACAACUCAUGCUGAGGGGUUGGGUUUUGUUUUAGGUAUACCCACCUCAUGGAUACCUGCCCACACUCAUAUAAUUAUUUUUCUAGUAUAUUUAAUAUUCUAAGCAAUAUAUAUUUCUUAAGCAACUAAUCUUCUUUAUGUUUGUGGUGACAUAUCUAAUUUAUUCUCCUAAUUGUGUAGAAUGAAGUUGAUAUUAUGGAGUGAAUAGCCAAAAAGUUUAGUUGACAAGAAGGAAUAAACUUUUAAUUAAUCAUGUAGUUUAUAGAUAUUUAUCUUUUAAUGUUGAACAAUUUGUAUGGAUGUUUAUCUUUAAUAUUGAACAAUUUGUAUGGAUAAUAUGUGGUUUGCUUGGAUGCUCUAGAUUGCUAUUUUUGGUACGUAUAAUUUUGUAUGUAAAAAAUUGAUGUUAGACUUUUAUUUUAACAAAAACUUAUUAUUGUGCAUUUUUUACCACAAAACCCAUGAGUAUCCAUGAACCCACUGAUAUCCAACGAGUUUGAAUUUUCAAACCCAAUGAGUUGUACCCUGAAUUUUUUUGGUGGAUAUAAUCAGAAGUUUGACAAAACCCAACCAAACCCGGCUCAUUGCCAUCCUUAGUUCUACAUUCCCUAUCCAUCAUCCAAAGAUCUUUCUUUUCUUCGAGAAAAAAAAAAAAAACAUUUAUGACCUAAAGUUACCUAGUUGUUUCGUUUCCAUGAAGAGAGAAUUUGUUUUACUUGGGAAGCAUAAAUAUAAAUAAAAACUUUACGUUGCAGUUCGUAUGGUCAUCAGAUCAGUAGAAAACUAUGUGAUUUGCGAAAAAUGGUUUAGAAAGAAUUUAGAGAAGGAGACGGUAUCAUGCAACGGUCUGGGCAUGCAUGGCAUCCAGUAGGCAUUCCACGGCUCCAUGGUAGUUUAAGAACCCCAUAAACCAAAAUUCAUGAUUAUCCACCGAGAUCACCUGCACAUAUUUCUCUGCUGCAUUUGCUCUGCUUGUCGAAGGGUUAACUGCCUUAAGCUGAUGCAAUGGGAUGACCACCUGUUUUACAAAACCAAUAACGACAGCGUGUUUAAGUAUGCCAGUAGGGGAGCCACACGAAAGAAAAAGAAGAAGAUAGAUUAGCUUCAGACAGAUACUUCUAACUCUUUCUAUGCAUCUCUAAUCUAAGCUAUCUAUUAUAGAGAAGGCCUUCAUAGACACGAACCAACGUUUUCGCCACCUACUUUUAAAUUGCAUACAGAUAGCGGUGAAUUAAGUGGUUGGGUAUCACAAAAAUUAAGUUCCAGUGCAGAAGCAAGAAAGGUAUAGAUUCACAACACACAAGCAACACUGUAGGCACAUGGAACUAUUCUACUGGGCAGAAGAUCAGGUGCAUUUCACCUAGGAAGGCAGGUUUCCAACGGAGUACAAACAUACCAAAAGAUUGCUUGCUCAUUACUGGAUGACAUAAUAAAUCCCACUUAUGGAUAGGUUGUUCCUAAGAUACUUGCCAAAUCAAGCGGCAUAGUUCAAAUAAACAUCUAAGGUGACUAUGGAGAAUAAUAACUAGGCUAGCAAGCCUCUUUGAGGGUCCUGAUUUUUGAAUGGUGUAGAGUUAUUCAGGUGACAAGCACAGCAUAGUCCAAGCAGGAAAGAUUUGUUAUCUUGUCGAUUUGGUUGAUAUAUUUCAGAUACAUCAUAGUGCCAAUAUCCAACACCACUUUUAGAAAACAUGUCAUCUGAAAUGAAUUUUAAGCGCACUUUCUUAUAUACUUGUAUAUCUCUUCUCUCUCAGUAGGUCUAUUCUCCUAUUCAUCCGAGGAAAUACAGUUCAACAUUUCUA